UGGUCAAGACUGACCUGUACUUAUUUUGAUGACGGAGUGUCCCCGGAUUUGUGUCCAGUAAUGAGAACACAUCGUAAUCUAUUUUAAUUUGCCUUUUUAUCUGUACAUCAGAGAUCGGAUCACUUAAAAGGACAAUAGUUAUGAUUCUAAAUUACGAAACAGAGGCUCAUUGAAGACGCACGAGGAGUGUAAGUUUUUAAUAUCCGUCAUGGUUGGUAGGAUGGCGGACUUCGUGCCAAGAAACGUUAAAGACGACACAAGAUAGCGCAUGGAAAUUCUUUGUUCAUUUGAUAACAUUUUUGUGAAUGAGAGUCCUCGGUGAUUACAGCGAGCAGCAGGAAAUAAGCAAUUCUAUAACUGUAUGUGUUAAAUCUGAAGACGCCACAGUAAAGAUGGAGACAGGGAUUUCUCAUACCCUGUGGACAUUGAACUUCCGGGAGACGCUACAAGGUUCAUCAGAUGAGUACCCGUGGAGAAUUGUCUGCCCUUACUUCCGGAUUUGAAUUGUUUGGCAUAUCAGAGUUAAAAUAGCCUUGAAGAAUUUGCGAUCAUCUACCACGAACAUUUAACAGAAUUGUAAUGUCAGGAUUUAAAUUAACGUUCUCAAUUACAACCUCUAAAAAAUGAUAUCCAGGGAAUUCCAAAGAUUAAAGCGUACGUUCCCGAGGUACAACAUUACCAAAUGUGACACAGCAGCUACCUAAAAUCGGAACUUAUUUUAAAGGAGAACCGGCGAAAUGUACAUUAAUGGCGAAAUAUUGACAAGAUAUUGUUGUCCCUCAAAUAUUCGGAUGAGAUUUGGGCGAUACUUUCGCUGGGUCUUUCGGAGACUUGGAAUAGCAGGGAUAUAUUUCUCAAUUGUUUAUUUCAUGAUCGUUUACAUUUUAUUGAUCUCGAUCGACAACAUGCUUCACAUUGAAGUUAAAACCUCACGUAAUGUUCCAAUUCUAACAACCGCUCCUGUGACCACGAUUUCAAUUCCUAUUUCUACUAUUUUCCCGUCGAAAACAUAUUACAUGGAAAUAAGUGAAUAUCCGAUGGUAUUUGAUGUUAAAUCAUUUGUUGUGGACACGAUACAAGGGAAUGAUUUAACAAACUAUACCGACAUUGAUCCCAUAAAUCCUAGACUUUUUACUUAUACUUAUAAAGCGCGGAAAUGCAAGUUUGACCAAAGUGUGAAACAUAAACUAUUAAUUCUUGUGAAAUCCGCCGCGGGAAAUCGAGAUUGGAGGCGGAAAAUCCGGAAAACUUGGGGAGCUGCUUUCCUAGAUGGUAAAUCAAUAAAGAUUGUGUUCCUCAUAGCAGCUACAGAAGAGGAGAUUCAAGUUUUCAUCGAUUACGAGGCUCGGAAAUUCCGAGAUAUCGUACAGGAAAAUUUCUUGGAUUCGUACAGAAAUAAUACUUACAAGACUAUUAUGGGAUAUAACUGGGCGAUGGAGUUUUGUCCAACCACGAGUUAUCUUCUCUUCAUUGACGAUGAUAUUCGUGUUGAUAUUGAAAAUCUGAUGACACACAUCGACGAUAUAUCAAGACAACCCCAGCACAUUAUCGAUAAUCUAUAUAUCGGUCUGUUGAUACCGUGCGGGGAACCUUACCGCGAUAACACGUCUAAAUGGUUUAUUUCUCACGAGGAAUACCCGUAUGACUUCUGGCCGCCAUAUUUAGCUGGGGGUGCAUUUCUUAUGUCCCGUUUAUCCGGACUUAAAUUUCAGCUGGCCAUUCCAUACGUAGCACCGGUCAGUAUUGACGAUUCUUACCUGGGAAUCGUGGCUAAGAAAUUAGACAUACGACCGAUAGAUAGCCUUCUGUACCACUCUAGUGGGAGGUAUUACACAAACCGGUCUUUAUUUCACCACAAAGGCAAAUCGAGUAGUAAACCUAUAGAACAAGACGAGUUAUCCCCCUUUACCUCAAACACAAAACUAUGCUUUAGUGGAAUAUAGGCAUUGUUUAAAGUGUCUUUAUUGGAAAAUGUUAAACAUGUGCUCUGCCAUGUUUUCAUC